CUCGAAAGUGUUCCGUUUUUCUGGAAACUUUUUUUCUUCUCUCAACUCUCUCUCUCUGCGUCCAUGGAGUUUUGGGGUGUUGAGGUGAAAAAUGGAGAAUCUCUCAAGGUUGAUCCAGGAGAUGACAAGAUUAUCCACCUUUCAAAUGCAUGCAUGGGGGAUGUCACUAAGGAUAUAGGAGGUGGACCAGUAGCCCUGUAUGUGAAGUUUGGUAACCAGAAGUUUGUACUUGGAACACUUUCUUCUGAUAAAUUUCCUCAGAUAUCUUAUGAUUUGGUAUUUGAGAAGGAAUUUGAGCUAUCCCAUAACUGGAAAUAUGGAAGUGUCUUCUUUACUGGAUUUAAAGCUCAACCUCAGUCGGAGUCUGAUGAUGAUGAAGAUUCUGAUGAUAUUGAUGAAGAUAUUCCAGUUAGUGCAGUCAAUGGUAAACCCGAGGUUGGCGUCAAACCUGAUGCAAAUGAAGCUAAACAGAAGAAGAUAGCAGAUCCAAGAAAGAGGGAUGCAAAUGGUGAAGAUGACGAUUCAUCCGAAUCUGAUUCUGAUGAUGAUUCAAGUGAAGAUAAGCCCACAGCGAAUGGCGACAUAGAAAGUAGUGAAGGUGAUGAUGAUAGCGAUGAUGAUGAGGAGGAGGAGGGGGAUGAUGAAUCUGAUGAGGAGACAGCCAAGAAGAUUGAAGCAAGCAAUAAGAGGGGUAUUGAGUCUUCUAAGAAAACACCUGUUCCUGUGAAGAAGACAAAGUUUGUUACUCCUCAAAAGACUGAUAGCAAGAAUGUUGUCCAUGCUGCAACUCCUCACCCUUCUAAGCAGGCUGGUAAAGCAACUGCAAAUAACAAGCUGCAGUCUCCGAAGUCAGGUGGAGAUUACAGCUGCAAGCCUUGCAACAGGUUAUUUAAGACAGAAGAUGCCUUAAGUUCUCAUAACAAGGCCAAGCACAGUGCUAAGUGAAGUCUUGCUUUUUUGCCUGAGCAGUGACAGUGAAUGUUGGUGUUUCUGGUGUUGGAUGAUAGUAAAAAAACAGUGUAGUUGAUGUAGGAAAGCUGGUCUAGUGAUUUUGGUAUUCAACUUGGGUUUGUGCUAACUGGUCUUUGACCUUGACCUUGAUCCCAUGUCGGCCUUCUUUCAACCGAAUCUGUGAUGAAAUGCGUAAAUACUCCGUACAACUCAUGAAAUGGUAUUCCUGACAAAAGUAAGUUGGUAUUUAACGUUGCUAAGCCAUCAACCAAUGUUUCUAAUUAUUAUUUGGAUGGAGGGUAUUUUUAUUUUUUUAUCA